AUGCAUUUCUGCUCAGUACUUAUCAGAAACUUUUCGGCAUUUAAUGCAGAAGCGAAACAACAUGCUGGGAAAAGUGGAAAUGAAGUAGUGCUGAUGGGACUUAAAUGCAUGUUCUCGAUUCUGCGUGAAUUGAAUAGGCGUGAUUCGGAGCUGUGUGCCGAGGCGCUUACUUCGCUGCUUCGCCUCAUCGAGCAUCUUCCAGCCGAUGCGCUAGCUAAUGAGUCGCAUGCAUCAAUUGAGAGCUUGCACAGCAUGCUUUAUCAGCUUCGUAUGGAAGGCAGUGCAGAAGUGUCAUCAAAAGCGGCUUCAUGCAUGAUUGCACUAGCAACUGCAUACGGUGGUUCGGGAUUCAUACUCGCUUCAGCAGCAACACUGUUUUGUGAUAAGCCGAAAAACGUACCAGCGGAUACUGCUCAGUUAGUUGAUGUACCAGAAAACUAUCGUAGAUUGUCAAAUUUGAUGCGACGAGUGCUGUUGGGAAAUAUCAGUGAUCCGGGAUGGUAA